GAGCCCGGCCUCUGGCACACAGGCGCCCGGACCGCCCGCGGCCGAGCCAUGAAGGACACCGACCGGGAGGCCGUGGCCACGGCGGUGCAGAGGGUCGCGGGGAUGCUGCAGCGCCCAGACCAGCUGGACAAGGUGGAGCAGUACCGCCGGAGGGAGGCGCGGAAGAAGGCGUCCGUGGAGGCCAGGCUGAAGGCCGCCAUCCAGUCGCAGCUGGACGGGGUGCGCACGGGCCUGAGCCAGCUGCACAGCGCGCUGGGCGACGUCAAGGACAUCCAGCGCUCCCUGGCCGCGGUCAGCACGGACUGGCGGCGCAGCAUCAGCACCGUGGAGAGCCUCCGGGGCGUGAAGGACGCUGUGGUGCGGCACAGCCAGCUGGCGGCCGCCGUGGAGAACCUCAAGAGCAUCUUCUCAGUGCCCGAGAUCGUGAGGGAGACGCAGGGGCUCAUCGAGCAGGGCGCGCUGCUGCAGGCCCACCGGCGGCUGAUGGACCUGGAGUGCUCGCGGGACGGGCUGAUGUGCGAGCAGUUCCGCAUGGACAGCGGGAACACGCGCGACAUGGCGCUCAUCCACAGCUACUUCGGCAGCACGCAGGCGCUCUCGGACGAGCUGGCCAAGCAGCUGUGGGUGGUGCUGCAGAGAGCCCUGGUCACCGUGCGGCGCGACCCCACCCUGCUGGUCUCUGUGGUCAGGAUCAUCGAGCGGGAAGAGAAGAUUGACAGGCGCAUCCUCGACCGCAAGAAGCAGACGGGCUUCGUGCCCCCCGGGCGGCCCAAGAGCUGGAAGGAGAAGAUGUUUGCCGUCCUGGACAAGACCGUGACCACGCGGAUCGAGGGCGCGCAGGCGGACACCCGCGAGUCCGACAAGAUGUGGCUGGUGCGCCACCUGGAGAUCGUCAGGAAGUACGUGCUGGACGACCUGGUGGUGGCCAAGACCCUGCUGGCGCAGUGCUUCCCGCCCCACUACGAGAUCCUGGCCGCCCUGCUGCGCAUGUACCAGCAGGCCCUGCGCGCCCGCAUGCAGGAGCUGGCCGCCGAGGACCUGGAGGCCAGCGAGAUCGUGAGCCUGCUCACCUGGGUCCUCAACACCUACACCAGGUACUGCCCGCUGCCCAGGCCCGCCCCUGCCUGCUGGGAGGCCGGGUUCUCCCCCACCUGCGGCCCGAGGGGCGCCCGUCAGGCGGCGGGGCUCUGCGCCCCGGGAGCCGACCAGGACGGCUUCUACCAGACCACGCUGCCCGCCAUUGUGUUCCAGAUGUUCGAGCAGAACCUUCAAGUGGCGGCUCAGAUCAGCGAGGAUUUGAAAGCGAAGGUGCUGGUCCUGUGUCUGCAGCAGAUGAACUCUUUCCUGAGCAGGUCCGUGUGCCCUGGCGUGCCGGUCUGGAGGUGUCUCAAGCGGAAACGCCACCUCGGCUCCGGCGAGGACGCGGGAGGACACUGCGACACGAUUGUGGCCGUGGCGGAGGUCAUCAAGCUGACGGACCCUUCUCUGCUGUACCUGGAGGUCUCGACACUGGUCAGCAAGUACCCCGACAUCAGGGACGACCACAUCGGGGCGCUGCUGGCCGUGCGCGGCGACACCAACCGGGACAUGAAGCAGACCAUCCUGGAGUCGCUGGAGCAGGGCCCAGCGCAGGCCAGCCCCGACUACGUGCCCCUCUUCAAGGACAUCACUGUCCCCAGCCUGAACGUGGCCAAGCUCCUCAAGUAGCCGCGGCUGGGUGCAGCCGCCUCGGAGGUGGACGCCGGCAGGGCCCCCAGGGCCCUGCGAGGGGCCCAGACCGAAGCCGCCUCCGGCCGCCCGGGUCUGCAGAAUGGAGGCGCGGGGACCUCGCCGUGGCGACCUGCGCUGAGGAGGCCCCAGCGGGUGCUUGGUCAGCGGCGGGAGACUGGCGUUCGGUGACCGGCGGGGCCCAGCCUGUUCCUGUGGGCCCAGACCCCGCUUCCUGGCUGUCGCGUCGUCGGCUCCCCUCUGGCCACUUGGCGGGAGGCGGUCCCAGAAUAAACGGGGGCCCGGUGUGCGCCUCUUGCUUCCCGGC